AUGUCUCAUAUAAUUCUGUAUUUGUUUAAUAUUCUUUUUCUUUAUAAUAAUUUAGAAACUGGUAUGGAAACUGCAAUUGAACGAUUCGUUUCUACAAAUACAAAAUGUUAUGCGUGUGGAGCACUUGUCUAUGCUGUCGAAAAGAAAAAAACAACUAAUAAUAUCUAUCAUAAUCGAUGUUUUCGUUGUCGAAUUUGUAAACGAAGUCUAACUGAAUCAUCACUUAAUGAAGAGGGCAAUGAUAUUUAUUGUUCAAAUUGUUAUCGAAAAAAACAACGUGGUGAUUGUAAUAGUUUAGAUUUUCGACGAGCUGCAUCUGAACGAGAACACAAGAUUUAUAACAAUCAUGAUUCUGAUCAACAAAAAUCAAUCGGUAAUUCUCGACCACCGAUUAGAUAUAUUUUUUCACGACAUCCAUCAUUGACAUUACGUCAAUUAGAACGACAAUUUCUUUCUUAUCAAAGACCCAAUAUUAACAAUUAUGAGAUAAUCAAUGGAAUUUCUGAAAAACCUGUUUCAACUUCAAAUUUUCGAACUAUGAAAACCAGUUUUUCUACUCCAGCUAAUUUUAUAGCAUUCCGACGUAGUUCAUUGUUAGGAAAAGAUCAACGAACACCAUCAUUACAUUUUUCACCUGUUUUUUCACCUAUCAUAGAGAGUCCUACAAAAUCAAAUGAUAUAACACCUAAAUUAUCACCAAAAUUCUAUAAAACUAAAGCUAAUAAUGAAAAAGCUAAACAAUUAUCAAAGUCAACUGAUAAUAUUCUAUCUGAAUUAAAAAAUAUUCGUCUAAAUUCAUCUAAUGUACCAUUACCAUCAAUCGAACGAAAACAUAGUAUCGUUAUAGAUGUGCGUCAAGAUGAUGAAAAUAACAAGGAAAAACACAACAUAUUUCGCUUUCCGAGCACUACUAUUACUCCAGUUCGUCGCCGUAGUAAAAGUACCAGUUAUGCUUUGAAUCGACGCAAAACAAAAUGA